AUGACAGAGUCAGAUGAAUACGAAACCACGGAUGUAGUAAUCUGCGGAUGUGGCCCAACUGGUGCCAUGCUAUCUGCUUAUCUCGGUCAAAUGUCCAUCAAAAACGUCGUGCUGGAGAAAGAGGCCGAUAUCACUACAGAUCCGCGAGGCAUUGCCCUAGAUGAAGAUGGAAUUCGGUUUUUGCAAGGAUUGGGAAUCUAUGAUGGCAUCUACACGGAAAUUGGAACAUGCAUGAACAUAUUCAAAUUCGUGGAUGGCACAAAACCGGAUUUAAGCAGGAAGGCAUUUUUGGAGAUGGACUACGGUACCACGGAGGGUGGCACAGGUCACGUUGGAUUCAUCUGUCACAAGCAGCCAGUCUUGGAAAGAUACCUUCGUGACAAAAUGGCAGCGAAUGGACUGUGUGCGCUGCGAUCUGGGUGUAGCGUGACCCACCUAUCCGAAUCUGAAGAAUGGACGUAUUGCGAAUAUACCGAUGCAGAAGGCAAGACUCAUCAUAUACGAUCAAAAUUUUUCGUCGGUGCAGAUGGUAAGACGGGGUACACUCGCAAGAGAUAUCUUGAGCCUAAGGGUAUUCAGAUGGAGCGGGCGCACAACUCUUUUUACGAAGAAACCUGGGUUGCUCUCAACUGGCACAUUUCGAUUCCCAACAAAGAGUCCCAUCCGGACUUCCCCUUAUGGUCCCUAGGAUACACUCCAGAGCAAGUAUAUGAUCUUUUCUUUCCGGUACACUUCCGAUUUCUGUGUAACCCAAAACGACCUGCUGUUUGUGGACGAUUUGGACCUUUAGCCGAUCGACUUUGGCGAUUCGAAUUUGUCGUUCUCAAGGAUGAGGAUGGAACGGAGAUGGCGAAACCGCACAUGAUGAGAAAGAUCAUUUUCCCUUACAUCACGCAUCCUGGUAGUCGUUAUGGUCUUCCAAGUGAUGUGCAGUAUCCAGAGGAUUGCAUCAACGUCUUGCGAUCGAGGCCAUUUAUGUUCUCGGCAAGGAGUUGCAAUAGAUGGUCCGAAGGUCGGGUGGUUCUCUGCGGGGACGCCGCCCAUGUAUUUCCACCUUUUGGCGGACAGGGAAUCGCUUCUGGAUUCCGCGACGCUUCUUCCCUCGCCUGGCGCUUGGCCGUGCUCUGUAAAGCAUCGACUCAAGGCUUAACACUACCUCACGAAAAGUUCUUUACAGCAUGGUACCUCGAGCGUAAACAACAACUUGAAAAGUCACUGGCUUCCACGAUCACAAACGGCGAAUUCGUGACUGAAAGUAAUCCAAUCAAGAUAUUCAUCCGCAACUGGUCACUGUGGUUCAUGCAACUGAUUCCAUCGUGGCGUGACAAGCUGCGUCUGGGCCAGCGUCACGAGGGACUAUUCCGAUAUCAGUACUCCAAUGGAAUGCCAUUUAUACCGUCCUUGAAUGGAGGGUUGUGUGUGCCGCAGGUUUAUUGCAAAUCACUUAAUUCGGACAACAAUGUAUAUUUUACCGACGACGUGAUCUUCAAAGGAAAGAAAGGGUUAUUCCAGCUUCUUGUCUAUCUAAAAGCCCCCAAUGACAUGAUUCUCGCGGGCAAAGAUGCCUUUGACAUCGAGACAAUAUCUCAGGGCCAUAUUUACGAAAGUGACAUUACAUGCAUAACCGAGGCCGACCCCCAAACAUUAACAUCCUACGCCAAAAACGAACCCUGUUACCCAACAUACAGCAUCGCCACUGGCGAAGAGUUCGCCAAAUCCGAGCUGUGCAAGGGACGGCCAGAACCAAAAUACUUUGAUCCUUAUCGAAUGAGGAAAGAGUUGAAAGGACACAAAUACACAAUCCUCCGCCCUGACCGUUUUGUGUUUGCGUCGUGUUCCACGAGGGAAGAUCUAGUCAAAGCCGUUAGAGCUCUUGUGAUGUAUCUGAAUGGCAGCGAAAUGGGAAUGCAUUAG